AUGGCGACAAAAUUGGCGCUAAAUACCUAUGUACUGGAAUCGAUAUGCUAUUAUAUUGGUGGUCUUUUCGACGAAGAGCUUGUGCUUCUGGCUGAUGUUGAGGAAGCCGUAAUUCACAAGUGCGCCAGAAGGUUACUUUCCGAAGCAGUAUCGUUAACGGCCCGUGUGACUGGCCCUCGUGCCCUUGCUUCGUUCUCGGCGAAUUUCGGAGCAGUACUGGAAAAUAUGCUAGCGGCUUUACUGGUUUGCAACGCUGACCUGGAUGUGGACAGUAUGUGGCGUACUUAUGACGGACGGUUUUAUGAACGACUUUUUGGUGGCGCCGAAAAAGCCAUUUCGUUUUCGGAACCGAAACUGACUCAUUUCAUUGCGGAGCACGCACAUCCAUCACUAAAAGUAUGUUUACAGUGCUGA